CGCAUAGACAUAGUUAUCUCAGACGAGAAGCACCAGUCUUGAGCGGUGGAAACGGUCUGUCUUUUUCAGCCAGAAUCAAUCUUUGUCUAAAUCUCUGUAAAGAAUUAUGACACCGAGAGCCUCGUGGAAACCUGAAUACCACAGAAAAUUUGUGGACUUAUGCGUCGAGCACAAGGCGUUUGGGCAUUUACCUGGAAUGGAGCAUAUACUAACACCUUUUGGAAAAGAGACGGGAGCGAGGUUCACCAUAAACCAGCUUAAGAAUCAUUAUGAUGUAAUGCUCAAGCAGUGGAAAGUAUGGUUAAGACUGGUUCAGUGCAGUGAUAUGAAAUGGGAUCCCCAGACAAAAAAGUUUGGUGCCACUGAUCAAGACUGGGCCAACUAUUUACUGGUGCAUCCUGAGGCUCGGCCGUAUCGGUGGCAGUGGCCUCCAUUGUUUUUCGAGAAACUAGAGGUUAUCUUUGCAAGUGUUAACAUAGAUGGUGAGGGUACUUCAGGUAGCAGAAAAAGGAAGCAAAGAUGCGAGCAUCGUUAUGAAGAAAAUGAUACUGGAAGUGCCGCGUCUAACAUCCAUCCUCGGUAUAUAUGGUCGUCGUCCUCAUCAUCACAUGAUAUUUUUGUCGAGUUAUGUUUCCAAGAGUCAUCAAAACCAACCAGACGUAACGGAAGUUGUUAUCCAAAGGAGACUUGGGAUAUGAUGGUCGAGAUGAUCAAUCGGGAAACAGGAGCAAACUACACACCAGUGCAGCUCAAGAACCACUGGUUUAGUACAAUGCAAAGCUGGAGGGAAUGGUGUCAAACUGUUGACGCUCCCAUCUUGAAGUGGGAUGCCAAUACAGGCAAGUUUGGAGCAACCAACGAGGGCUGGAAGAACUACUUGAAGGUUAAUCCUAAAGCUUCAAAAUACAGAUGGAACCCCAUCCCUCACGCUGAGAAACUAGCAACGAUCUUCAGAGGUAUCGAACCUGGAAAUGCUCAACCCCGUACUUAUCGCAGGAGAGUGAUCCAUCACCAUUCUGAAGCACCACAGAUGCAUGAACCAGCUCCCUCAUCAGCAGUCUGCAUAAACGAGCCAGUCACGGGAGGAAGUGACGAUAUAGCUGAUAAUUAUGAGGACAAUGUUGACGAGGAUCAUGAGGCUAUUCCGCUGAUUAGGUUAGACUUGGAGGAUGAUGUUGAAACUGUAACUCCGGUAUGCCACUGGCUCAAUACCGAACUGAUGGAGAAUAUUCCAGUGGAUGCAUCGACAUUGGUGAAGGAAUACGAGUAUACCAUUCCGGAAUGCAUGGAGUGUUUGGAUGUCAUGGAUGAGGUUGAGAAAGGCAGUGAUCUUUACAUGUUUGCCUUGGACUUGUUUAUGACGAAGGAGCACAGGCAGAUCUUCUUGCUGUUGAAGACCUCAAGUUUGAAGAUGUCUUGGCUGCUUCGACGUCGAUACAGUGGCUAAGAUCCUAUCUCCAAUGGCUAAGAAGGCAAAUAUGGCUAAGAAUAUCGUAUUAUGUUUGCUUAUUAUCUUUAUUUUCAAGAAAACUUUAUGUUUGGUUGUUCAAGUUUAUUUGAUGUUUU